GUUGAGUAUCCUGCGCUGCAUGCAUGCGGAGAUCUAUGCAUAUGGAAAGUCUCUAAAUUGCUGGCUUUGGUAUAGACUACGAUGGCGACUACUUUAAAAGCGAAUUUCAGAGUAGCAAACAAGAUUGAAUCAUUUUACACGGGAGGAAAAGUUCAUGUAGCAUCAGAUGGCAGCUGUAUAUUUUGUUCCCAUGGUGACGAAGUAAAGGUCCUGGAUGCAAAGACGGGCAAGACAACUCACAGCAUCAAAGAUGAGGGUGCUGAUGAAGUGACCUGUUUUGCUGUUACCAAUGAUAAUGAGAUUAUUGUGGUUGCAUACAGAAACUCUUUACUCAAACAGUGGAACUGGAAAGAUGGAACUUGUACAAGAACUUGGCAGUCUUUACACAGAGGUCCGGUGGUUAGCAUGGCAUUUGACAGUACAUCUACACUCUUAGCUACAGGAAGCAGUGAUAGUACCAUCAAACUAUGGGAUAUCAUUCGUCAGUACUGUACCCACAACCUCAGGGGCUCUCAGGGUGUUGUUAGUCUUGUGCAGUUCCAUCCUGACCCUGAUAGAUUACAUCUCUUCUCUGUAUCAGAUGACAAUCAUAUUAGAAUAUGGGAUCUAAAAACAAGCAGCUGUCUAUGUGUAUUAGAGACUCAUUAUGGUGCAGUGACCAGUCUAUCAUUCUCUCAUGAUGGUAAUACAAUGUUAUCAAGUGGAAGAGAUAGUGUAGUGGUCAUCUGGGAUCUGGUCAAGAAUCAACCAAAAAAGACUCUUCCCGUCUUUGAGACCUUGGAAUCAGUGAUCUUACUACCAGAGGACCAGGAUUUCCCAAACAUUACUCCAAAGAAAGAAAAGAAUGAUUUGUGCUUUUUGACAGCAGGAGCUAAAGGUAUCAUAAAAGUAUGGACAUCUGCUGGCCGUUGUCUGUAUGAACAACGAGGGAACCCUAUAGUACCUUUGAAGAAACAGACAUCAGAUGACCAAGACCAACCAGCCAUCAUCACCAGUGCUAUGAUCUGUGAGGCUAUAGGAUGUGUUGCCGUAGUAACAUAUGAUCACAAUAUCAUACUCUUCAGAUUAGAAGAUUUAAAACUAGAGAAACAGUUUGUUGGCUAUAAUGAAGAGAUCCUGGACCUUAAACUACUAGGGAAGAAUGAAUCUCAUCUUGCAGUGGCUAGCAAUAGUGAGCAGAUUAGAGUCUUUGAAUUGAGUUCAGGAAGCUGUCAAAUACUCACAGGACAUACAGAUAUUGUAAUGUCAUUGGAUGUGUUUCAGAAAGGGCAUAUGAUGGUCAGUAGUUCAAAGGAUAAUACAGUGCGUAUAUGGAGUAUGCAUGAAGAUACUAGCAUAAUAACAUGUAAAGCUAUAGGUCUAGGCCACACCCAUUCAGUUGGAACAAUAGUAGCUUCAAGACUGUCAUCAAAGUUCUGUGUAUCUGGAAGUGAAGACUGUACAUUAAAGGUAUGGAGAAUACCAGAACAAACACCAGAAGAAGGGAACAAGGAACCGGCUCAUAUGAAAGUCAUCUUCACAGAGAAGGCACAUGACAAGGACAUCAACUCAGUGUGCCUAUCACCAAAUGAUAAACUAUUAGCUACAGGAUCUCAGGAUAGAGUAGCUAAGCUAUGGCAUAUGGAGAAGGAAGUACUUCUUGGGUCAUUCAGGGGUCAUAGGAGAGGAAUAUGGUGUGUGCAGUUUUCACCCACAGAUCAGGCUUUAGCAACCAGUUCAGCUGAUGGGAGUAUUAAGAUCUGGGCCUUAUCUGACUUCACUUGUGUCAAGACAUUUGAAGGUCAUGAUGCAUCUGUUUUGAAAGUGAUAUUCCUGACUCGUGGGAUGCAACUCUUAUCAAGUGGAUCUGAUGGUCUUCUGAAGCUAUGGACGAUCAAGACAAAUGAAUGUGUGACAACGUUAGAUGAACAUAAUGAUAAGGUAUGGUCAGUCACUGCGGGCCAAUCAGAAGAAAAGAUUAUAACAGCUGGAGCAGAUUCCAAUAUACUCAUAUGGGAGGAUGUAACCCAGAUUGAACUUGAAGAGAAAGCAGAGAAAGAGGAAGAUCAAAUAAUCAAGGAGCAGCAAUUAUCUAACCUGAUGCUUUCUAAGAAGUUCACCAAAGCUCUUCGACUUGCAAUCACUCUAGAUCAGCCUUUCAAAGCCUUAGGUAUUAUCAGAACUAUACUAGAAGAGCCAGAUGGAGAGACCCAACUAUCGGCUACCAUCACAAAACUCAGACCUGAUCAAAUUGAAUCAGUAUUGAGGUUUGCUCAGACGUGGAAUAUGAAUUCUAAACAUUGUCACUUCGCUCAUUGUGUUCUUGGUAUCAUCUUAAGAUCUCAAGAUCCUGAUGAUCUAGCAGAGUUACCUGGAAUAAAGGACAUCCUAGAAGGAUUCUUACCAUACUCGGAGCGUCACUUUCAGCGUCUAUCUCGGAUGUUAGAACAGAGUAUGUUUGUACAGUAUACUUGGCAGGUUAUGAGGAGAGCUUCAGGGGUGCAAGAGAUUACAGAUGAAGUGGAAGCUACCACAUCAGAUGGAAUAGGAAUGAAAGACUUUGUUUUGGACAAAAGAGGAGAUAUUACCCAAGAGAAUGAAGAUGAUGAUGAUGAGGAGGAGGAGGAGGAUAGCAGUGACGGUCAUGAUGAUGAGGAGGAAGAGACCAUGUUGGAUGUUGAGGAAAAGCCUGUACGUGUUAACAAGAACAGCAAACAGGUUGUGGCAAAUACCAAGUUCAUAGAAACCCCAAUGACAAGAGACUUUUCUGAUGACGAGGAAGAGGAGAGUGCUGCGUCCUUAAGAACUACCGGUUCUGUGAAGGUUUCACCGGACAAAGAUGCAUCUGAUGAAGAAGACGAGGAUGAGGAGGAGAAAGAAAACAAAUCAACACGAAGGAGAAAGUCAGGAAAGAAGGAAGAAUCAAGGACUAAUUCUUUGAAGAAGGUACAGAAAAGGACUUUCAUAAAAAAUCAAGAGAGCCAUGACAGUGAUGAGGAAGAAGUACCUAGCCCAGUGAAAAGGAAGACUCGGCAUUCUACAAAAGAAAAGGCUUCAGCUACACCAGGAAGAAGUUCUAAGAGAAAAUCAGCUCUCAAACUCGUUGAAGAUUCAGGGAAAUCACUUAAAAAAUCUACACCAAGUCCUUACAACAAAAGACUACGAAAUCAAUCAAGAAAAUGAGAUAUGAUUGGGGUUUCUUUCAACUUCUUGAUUUUUAUGAACAAUGCUACAGUUGUUGAAAUUGUAAUAAGUUUGAUUACGUUGAGUAAUGAAUAACAAUAACAUAUAGUGAUUUAAAAAUCAAAAUCCCUAUGUGGCUAACUCCUCCUCAAAAAAUCUUAAUCAGAAGACUUUCUUUCUCUUAUGCUAGUCACACCAAUUAAACCUACUCCAGACCGACCAUUGAUAUAUGUUAUUUGUAUUAACAUAGCUUUUUUCAGACUGGAGUUGAAUUCACCGUUGCGACUGUAUUAGUUUAACCAAUUCACAAGUUAAAAUGUAUUUGCACCAUGAAAAAAAAUCACCAUUUAAUCAGCUCUGGAUCACACUUUUCCCACUGGGGUAUGGGAAAAGAUUUUUUGUUCAUUUUGAGUAGCAUGAAAUGCAGAGAUGUGAUUGGCUAAAUUAGGUUUCAAAACAGGCAGGUGUGGUUUAUUCAGAAAUUGUCACGAUGGAAACCAGAUUCUGGAUGUGUGUCUUUGACCAAUCAGACAGCAAUAUUCUUUUCAAGCUGCUUAAUGUCCUUGGCCUAUCGAGAGUGUGAUCUUGACCCAAUUAACUCCCAUUUUUAAAAACAUUUAUUAACUCAAAGCAUAGAUCUUCAGGUUAAUCCAUUAUUACGUUUUUAUACCUAUCCUCUUUUGUCUGGGUCCUGUUGCAUAAAAGCUACUGGUAUGAUAUACAUACAACCCUAAUUUUGCCAUCCAGUAGUAACUACCAUGGUAAUGAUGAUGAACAGCCAAUCAAAAUCAAGGAUUCCAUGCAAGUUACUAUUAUGCAACGGGGCCAAGGUGGAAUAGAAAUGAAGGAUAUUUCAGACCUGUAAUUUCAUCAACAUUGUUUAAUUUCAAACAAAUGAUACUAACGGAUGAUUUUCCUCUUUAAAUUUGUAUAAGAGUAGGGGAAACCCUGGUGUCGUGGUCCUUCUGCACCCCCCCCCCAAUCAUUUUAAGUGAUUCAGUUCGCUUUUCACCUCCCAGGCACUGGUGACGCUAAACAAAUAAUAAUUAAAAAAAUGGAUACCCGAAACGUGGUGUUUGAUUUUUUUAAAAAAUAGAGCAAUGAAUAUAGGGUGGAUGACAGAAUUAGCACCUUUUUGGUAAACUUUAUUGGCCAGUGCCGGCCACACAGAAACGUGGGCUCAGCCACAUCUUUUAGAUUGCGAUGUCAACACAUUUAUCCAAGGUGUAAAUAACACUGUUGUGUCAUCAAGCAUCGCUGUGACUUUUGCGGUUAUAACAGGGCCUCUGUUAGUUCAUUGUUAGUGCUAAAGUUUCUGUAUGGCUGGUACAGAAGGUUCAGUUUUAAUGUAGUCCUAUUAUCAAGAAUUCAUAUCUGAUGAGAAAUGAUUAUUAUUUAGCACUAAAUUGUUCAUAUGUAACUUCUAGGGAGAAAUGAUUUAUGUUCUUUUGAUAAAUAAUGCACAAACUGAUUUUGAUGUUUUCUAGUAAAGCAAAUAAAAACAUAUUCAAUA